UGUCCGCAGUCUCUGGUCAUCUCCUGUACUAUGUCCGCAGUCUCUGGUCAUCUCCUGUACUAUGUCCGCAGUCUCCGGUCAUCUCCUUUACUGUGUCCGCAGUCUCUGGUCAUCUCCUUUACUGUGUCCGCAGUCUCUGGUCAUCUCCUGUACUAUGUCCGCAGUUCUCUGGUCAUCUCCUUUACUGUGUCCGCAGUCUCUGGUCAUCUCCUGUACUGUGUCCGCAGUCUCUGGUCAUCUCCUGUACUGUGUCCGCAGUCUCUGGUCAUCUCCUGUACUGUGUCCGCAGUCUCUGGUCAUCUCCUGUACUAUGUCCGCAGUGUUUGGUCAUCUCCUGUACUGUGUCCGCAG